ACACUCGUGUGUAGGACACAUGAACGGUGUAAGUUUCAGUCUGUGAAGUAAACGUUGUGUCCAGCACGUCAAAACAAAGGUAUCAGUAAACAAUUCAGCGUCACAAGAAUAAAGAAACAAAAUAAACACAUGGCUGAGAGGGUGAAGUGGACGGCCAUUGUACUAACAUGUGCCAACAGACAAUGGGCAAGCACCUUGCAAACAGAGUUACAAAUUCGCCAAGCAAAGGGUCAGAUAGAUAAAGAUGUCCUGUUACUAACGGUUGAGGAUCCCAAGUCAAGUGUUGGUAGUGGGGGUGCUACAAUCAAUGCCCUCCUCACUGUUACAGAGUACCUGUCAGCACAGAGGGGGUAUUCUAUCAUCAAUCCUGAUGUCCUCCAGGAGGCUAAAGUUCUCAUCCUCCACUGUGGCCGUAAUUAUCCUUAUGAGCCAUGUGGAAGAGCGUUCAUUACUCUACCUGCCUCACUUACUUCCCCGGAAUAUGACGGCAUGACUACUAAUUUGGACUUGCUGCUGAAAAACCUCACAGAAAAGCUGGCUGUCAAGUCUCCCCCCGGAAUCUGGGUCAGCAGUACAGAUAUGAUACUCUCCAUUCCAGAAAACGCAGCCAUUCCAUGGACAAACUCUGACGUAUGUGUGAUCACUGUUCCUAGUACACCAAAAUACUGCCGUAACCAUGGCGUCUAUAAAAUCAACACUGAGGGAUAUGUGACAGAUAUACUGUACCAGAGGGAUUUAGGAGGACUGGAGUGCUGUGAGAGGCCGGACGGAACUGUCCCUGUGGUGUGUUCUGUUAUAUACCUGAGUCAUGCCGUGACGGAGGCCCUCCUGUCCUUUCAUGUAAAGCCCCCUCUGGAUGCUUGUACCUACAUGGGAGUGGACAGUGGUCAACCCCCUAUACAGCUGUCACUCUUCUUUGAUGUCAUGUUACCAAUGACGAGUGAUGUGAAUGAAAAAGAAUUUGUAUCUGGAGGUCGAAGUGGGGUCAAAGGUCAAGCCCAUGUUCCAGGGUCAGAGGACAUGAUCAAGACCAUGAGGUCAGCCAGACAAAUCCUAUGGCGGGAGCUACACAACUUCAAAAUAUGGGCAUGUAUGGUAGAGAGAGGAGAGUUCCGCUACCUCGUCAGCUGUCCCUUAGAUCACGAAGCAAUCUUACUUGAUUGUCCUUACAAAAACAACUUCCACAACUCCGAGAUUACCUGGCAAGAUGUCAACCAUUCCCUUGUACAGGACAAGUGUAAGGUAGAAGACGAUGCCAUCCUCAUCAACAGUAUUCUCAGUGACAAAGUGGUGGUGAGUUCCAAGUCCAUCGUCUCUGACUGUCAUCUAGGUGGACGUAUGGAUGUGGGCCGGGGCUGCCUCAUAACUGGUCUGUCUGUGGAAACCCAGCUCAAGACUAACUUGAAGAAGACUGUAAAGAUAGGAGACUACACAGUGGUGCAGUGUUUUAGGAUCUACCUGAGUACACUGGGGAAAACUGUACAUGUCCUUACCACUCACGGCAAGUUUGACAGGGUCGAGGCCCCGAUGUACAAGAGUACAACGACCUUCUGUAAUAACCCCUGGGUGGUUUUCCUCAACCUGACGGGCAUCAUCAAGGAGGAUCUGUGGGGACCAGAUAUGGAUAAUGACAACCAGAAUGUACUAAAUGCCAGGUUGUUCCCAGUGUUCCACUCGUCAGAGGAACUCAGUCUCGAGGAUAUCUCAUGGCUGCACGGGGAGUUGGAAGAUAACGACCAGUCCAUUGUACGCAGAUGGCGGUCAUCCUGGAGGCUGUCACUCAAUGAUAUCCUAUCGUGUGUCAAUAUGGAGGAGGAGCUCCGCUGGAAAAAGACCUUAUUUUACAAUGUGAGUAAGAACCACAUCCGAUGUGACCUGCUUCAGAGCAGUCACCAUGGUUUCCGUUCCAUCUACAACAGUGCUCACAUAGAAGGCUUCUCACAGGAGAUUCUGUUAACACUGGACCAAGUGGCUAAGGAGUGUCAGGGGUCCCCAGGCAUUGCUGCACGUACCCUGGCCAAUAUAGCUGACGUACUAGGGUGUAUGGCAGCGACAAAGGGAGGCCUGAGGAGUGGACCUGCUGCCAACAAGUCCUGGGCCAGGGCCUUCCACAAAUUAGAGAAAGGUGACUUAGUGGGAGGAGUGGAUGCCCUUGCUAAAAUUCGUGAAAGUUGGUUGGGGCGUCCAGACUUGUUGACUCGGGCAGCCAGGCACUACGAAGGAGCAGCGUCUAUCCUCAUCCGACAGGCCGUCAUGACAGCAAAGAAGAACUUCAAGCUGGAGCUGUGUGAGGCACCAGAUAUUGGGAAAUGGGUAACAGCCGAGUGUCCAGCCAGAAUCGAUGUGGCUGGGGGCUGGUCUGACACCCCACCCAUUACUUACGAACAUGGUGGGGCAGUUACCACUAUAGCACUUAAAAUCAACGGCAAGAAACCAGUGGGGUCUAAAGCAAGGAGGAUACGAGAACCCAAAAUUGUAAUGGUGUUAUAUGGAUUCAACCAAGAGGACACACAUGUAGUUUGUGAAGAGUUGUCUCACCUUGAGAAUUACUACCAACCUCAUAGUCCAGGUGCCCUGCUGAAGGCAGCCAUUGUUUGUGCUGACGUUAUUAACAUUGACUCUGACUUGACGCUGAAGGAACAGCUGCUACAAAACUACGGGGGUGGAUUUGAAAUUCACAGUUGGUCCAACCUUCCACAGGGUUCAGGUAUGGGGACCAGCAGUAUCCUGGCAGGGGCUGUCAUGGCCGCUUUGCUGAGGGCUUCUGGGAAGUCAUGUGACAGGAAAGGAUUGAUACAUGCAGUGUUGUACCUUGAGCAGCUGUUAACGACAGGUGGGGGUUGGCAGGACCAAGUAGGGGGCAUUAUGGGAGGUAUCCGUAUUGGGCUGUCUGAUGCCAAGCUUCCUCUCAGUGUAGAUGCUAUCGACCUAAAACCUUCGGAGGAUGUUAUCAAGGCCAUUAGUGAGCGUAUCAUCCUCAUCUACACAGGCAAGACCCGCCUCGCCAGGAAUGUACUCCAGGAGGUGGUGAGAAACUGGUAUGCCAGGAACCCACAGAUCGUAGAGACUGAGGAUAGCCUCGUCAGACUCGCCCAGGAGUGUGCUCACGCUUUCAUUGACGCCCCGACUGACUUUGAGAAGGUUGGAGACUGCCUGAAGAGGUACUGGGAACUGAAGAAGGUAAUGGCCCCAGGCUGUGAAACGGAGGUGGUUGCCUCCCUUAUGAGUGUUCUUCAACCUCAUGUGCAUGGUAUGUGUAUGGCUGGGGCUGGAGGGGGUGGAUUCAUGUAUGCCAUCGCCAAGGACAAUGUGCAAAGGGACGUAAUCAAGGAAGUCCUAAAAAACGCAAAGAUCUUCCAACAGGAGGAGGGCGCUAAAGGUUCGGUCAUCUAUGAUGCCUGUGUGGAUACAGAUGGUCUUCAGGUGACUGUCGAAGAGUAAGGCGUAGUUACCAUGGAUACA